AUGCUCAAGGAGCGUCUGUGCUACAUCCCCGACGCCGUUCACUCCAUCGACGAUGUCACCACUGCAUCUACUCCCACCAGCGCCAUGAACGCCACUACCGCUGUGACAAAUGUCAAUGCUGUGGCCUCCUACCUGGACAAAAUUGAGCCGCUCAAUGGAGCGAAUUUUCCUAACUGGAAGGGCAAGGUCAUGACAUGCUUGGCUUGGAAUGAUCUUGAUUUGGCAUUAAGGGAGGAUAAGCCUGCUGUUGCUGCAGGACAGACUUCAACUGCUCUGGAGAAGUGGGCAAGAUCAGACCGCAUUGCGCUUAUGGUCAUGUCUCAGACCAUCAGUGCUGGCAUUAAGGGCGCCAUCCCCACCAAGAAUGUGCAGGGAGCAGAUCUGAGUUCUAAUGCCUUUCUGUCAAAGAUUGAGGAGAACUUUAAGAGCUCAUCCAAGACUUAUGCAAGCACUCUCAUCAUGAAGUUAGUGGCCUCUCAGUAUGAUGGGAAGACUGGCAUCAGGCAGCACAUUCUCAACAUGUGUGACAUGGCCAACAAGCUUAAGGAGAUGCAGAUGGAGAUCUCAGAUGGCUUCCUUGUUCACUUCAUCAUGACCUCGCUGCCCUCACAGUACAGUGCUUUCAAGAUCAACUACAACACCAACAAGGCUAUUUGGUCUAUCAGUGAGCUGAUCAGUUACUGUGUUGAAGAAGAAGAAAAGCUUAAGACUAAGAAGAUGAAGGAUGUGGUGAACAUGGUUCAUCACAUGAGCAUCAGUGACAAUCCUCCUAAGAAUCAGCAUGAGUCAGGUAGCAGCAAGCAAGGCUAG